AGAGAAAAGACACAUAAUAACCAUCGCAUCCUCAAAACUCAAUGAUAAUGGGCGCUAAGACGACACGAUGUUUGUUUGUCCUUGCAUCGGCAAACUAAUCGCCGCAAUUUAUACUCUUGGUAGUUGGUAACUGAGUCAGGCAAUGUAAAAAUAUGCGACUUCUACAUGUAAUGAUACUAUAGUAAAUAGCAUUCAAACAUUUUUUUCAAAAGUUAUUACACAGUCUGUCAUCGAACCUAUGACAGUUUAAUUCUUUCGUUAUAGAAAAUAUAGUUGAUGCCGCAAAAUCACCGUCGCCAUCAGUGUGAGUAUUUCGUGACGGACAGACAUUGGAGCAGCUGUUGCACAACUCAUCGCCAGGAGAGUCGUGGACUUCACCAAGAAGUGCGACAAUUAUGCGUCUGAAGUGACCAGCGUCGAUGUUAAGUAUGAGCUCGACGGCAGAGUUCUAUUUGAUAAAAACUAAUUCGAGAACUAUCACAGGAAACUGUAAUAGUUCAUUGUAUAAUAUGAUGACGUGCAUCAACACGAAACGUAAACAAAAAUCACUUGCCAUACGCCAAUCAUUCGCCAUCUGUCAAAUUAGUUACACAAGAAAAAAUUACAACUCUCACUAUGACUUGCAACUUCUAAGGGAUGUGUUUCUUUACUGCUCUUUCUCCCAUACUGCCAAUCAGACUCACCAUUACCAGCCGCUCCUCAUCACAGUUACCAAUCCACCGCCUCCCGUGACGCACCAACCUCUACGAUGGUAGACGAGGCACCACACACUACUAGGUUGACAGUGUGCAGGGCUGCCUCUGUGCCUGUGUGAGCGGCGAGUGUAGGAUUGAUGCCAGUCCUUGACCGGAGACGAUUGCUGAGAAUGUAUGAGGGUUUCUUCACACCUUGUCACACAACUCUUACAACUAAAGGUUGAUGCCGCCUCCUCUUCACCAUCAGUGACGCCGGAUAGUUUGGUGACGGAAGACCAUGUUCGGGCAGCGCUGGCGACAGACAAGGGAGCUGCCGCACUACUCACAACCUGGACAGUCGUGGACUUCACCAAGAAGGGCGACAAUUAUGCCUCUCUAGUGACCAGCGUCGAGGUUAAGUAUGAGCUCGACGGCAACAGCUCUGAGGUGGUCUAUGUGGUAAAGAUUAACACGGGAAAGACCUUUGGAGGUGACAACAUGUUUGAUUUAUUCUUCCAAAAGGAAUGUAAUUUCUUCCUCGAUAUCGCACCUCAGAUGAACUCUGUAUUAAAAGAGAUUGGCCACACAGAUAUCAACGUUCCCAAAUGCUUCCAUGCAAGUCUGGAGGAAGGAAAAGAAGUGAUCUUCCUUGAGGACCUACGAGCUAGAGGCUACAAAAUGGUUGACCGUAAACAAGGGUUGGACAAGGCUCACACUACCCUUGUACUGAGGGAGCUGGCCAGACUCCACGCCGCCUCCUUGCUGCUGCAGAACAGGACUCCUAAAGAAGACUUCGGAGAAAAGUAUCCUCUUUUGAAAAUAAAAAUGGCCUAUUUAAUGCAAAAUUAUAGUUCAUUGUGUAAAGCUAUAGAAGAUAAUGUGGCAUUUGCCAAAGAUAUCAUAGAAAGAGUAGGGGGAUACGAGGGAGUGUCUGCCUGGAUAAACACGAUCAUUCCAAAUUUAGUGGACAUCUUUGACCAAAUGGAAUGCGGCGAGCCUAUGGUAGUGUGCCACGGAGACUGCUGGAAUAACAACUUUCUCUUUAGGUACAGCGAGACCGGCCACCCCGAGGACGUGAUGCUCCUUGACUUGCAGCUGUCAGGCUUAAGUGUUCCUACUGCCGAUAUCACCUACCUCCUCCAUACCAGCAUGACGGGGGACGUCAGGAAGCCCAACAUUGAAACCCUCCUAGGAUCCUACUAUACCACUUUCAAGGACGUCAUGGAGGCUGGCGGCAAGACAGCAUCAUUCACGCAAGCGCAGCUCCUCAGGGACUUCAAGGACAGGAACCUCGCUGGUUCAUUGUUCGCCAUAAUAUUUGUGCCAGUAUUGCUCUUUGAAACUGAAGGAGAAGUAGAGUCAUCGAAAGGCAAUGAAGAUGAUCUUGAAGAAAAGCUUCGUAAAACGAGAGACAAGGCGAUGGAAAUGCUAGACACAAAUCCUAUUGUGAAGUCGAGAUUUUUAUCUAUUUUUGAUGAAAUGAUAGAAUCAGGAAUUAUUCCGUGAGAGAGAGAGAGAGAGAGAGAGAGAGAGAGAGAGAGAGAG